AUGAAGGUAUUUGUUACAGGAGCAUCUGGAUUUGUGGGUAGCGCAGUGGUGCCAGAGUUGUUAAAAUCAGGCCAUAAAGUCUUGGGUCUAGCUCGUUCUGACGACGCAGAAAGGAAAAUCAAGGCCCUAGGACCUAACGUCGAGGUUGUGAGAGGUGGACUCUUAGACGUGGAUGUGCUUGCAAAAGCGGCUUCCGAGGCAGACGGUGUGGUGCAUUUGGGAUUCAUUCACGAUUUCAGCAAAUACCAGGAGAGCUGCCUGAUCGAUCGGGCCGCUGUAGUUGCCAUGCUCGACGCGCUGAAGGGCACGGAUAAACCAUUCGUGAACACCGCGGGAAGUCUUAUGUUCGCUCCUGGAGUCUUGGGCACCGAGACCACCGCCAAACAAACUAGCGGCUUCGCCAAGCUACGCUCUGAUACUGAGGACAUUGUAUCGAGCUACAAGGAAAAGGGCGUGAGAGCCUGUACAGUCAGACUACCCCCCACAGUUCACGGCAAAAACGAUCCCAACUUCAUUUCCUUCUUUAUCAACGUCGCCAAGAAGUCUGGAAAAUCAGCGUACAUCGGGGACGGCCAAAACGUUUGGCCUGCCGUGGCUCGCUUGGACGCUGCCAGGUUGUUCAGGUUCGUCUUGGAGAAAGGGCGCGCCGGAGCAGCCUAUCACGCCAUUGCCCAACAAGGAAUCAAGACCAAAGAGAUUGCGGGCGUCAUAGGGCAGCUGGUGGGAGUGCCUGUGGUUUCGGUGGAAAUGCCAGAGGCGGCUGCCCACUUUGGCGUGUUGACCGGUGUCUUUUCCGCUGACGGCCCUGCUUCUAGCAAAAUCACCCGCGAGGAACUAGGCUGGGAGCCCAAAGAACCUGAACUCUUGGAUGAUAUCCUUGUCAACUAUGCUAUUUGA